AAUGUCACUCUUAUACCUUGACGAUUGUCUGAAAGAGUGUUUAAAACAAGAUUUUUGUAAAAGCGUUACUUAUAGACGUCUUUCAAAUAUAACAAUAUGUUAUCAACAUUCUAUUAUUUGUAGUUAUAAUUUUAAUUCGACUACUGAUAAGUUAUUUAUUAAAUCUUUUGAUAUUUUCAACACUUUCUUUUCACCAUUUUAUGAAAGAAACAUAGAAAUAGGAGGUGUAUUUUUUCUUUCGUCGUGCUUUAAUGAUAUAUGCCUAAUUUUGGCGGGAAAACGCAAUUAUUACGAUGCUGAAUCUAUAUGUAACUCUCACGGAUUUGACAUAUGGUCGCCGAAUAAGACUUUGGAUAGGGAUUUAGCAAAAGUUGUUGGUGAUAUUUACAGUACGGGUGUCUUCUGGAAGAAGACGUUAGUCAACUCGAUUAUAUGCCUAACUAUAGAUAUAGGCCUAAAAACUAGCAGUACGCGUUGCGAGACUGAUAAACCAUAUACAGUUUGUUGGAAGAAAAUAACUGGCGGAUGGUCUCAAUGGUCCCAAUGGUAUAGAUGUUCUUUAGAUUCAUGCGCAUCGAAUGACAAAGAGAGAUUUAGAUUGUGUAACAAUCCACCACCAUAUCAAGGUUUUAAUUGCACAGGAUCAAGCGUUGAAUAUUUAAUAGAACCUCACGGAGGAAUUGCGAGUCAGGAUUAUCUUCUUCACGAACUAGCAAAUAUUUUAACUGUUGUAACCAUAUUAGUUCUUCUAAUGGCUGGUUACUAUUACACUGAAUGGAUGAAAUUGAAGAUGGUAUCUAUAGAUGAUUAUGAAGACUAUCAAAAACUAUUUAGAUCCUUUGAUGGAUAG